CUAACUUCUUCAGGUCGGUGGAGGUAGUGCUAGUUACCGUAGAGGAGCUCAACAUCUUAGAGCUUGUCAUCGGUCUUCUUCCCUAGUUGUACUAACAUCAACAGAAUGAAGAAGUUAGCCUCGUCUCUUGCUGCGGAAUUUCCCGUGCCACGGUCUCUGGCAAAGUUUCGGAACCGCACGCAGGCACAAAAUGGCUUCCUCCAGUGGCAACUUCGGGAUGUGGACCUCUCGGAUAAGAGGCAGAGGAUUGUUAUGCUGGGUCAUUGAAUGUCUAAAGAGGACGAGAGAGCAUGAAGAUGAAAAUCACUUUUCAUUUAAUAUAGCUUGUCGUAGGAGGUAGCUGCUUUCAACAUUAUCAUUUAUGGCUUCGCCACGGAACUACAAUUAUAUCCCCCAUAAUGCACGAGGACCAGCUCUAAACCUUGCGUCACCUCAUCUCUCUUCGCUUUACCAUCUGGAACGAAAGGGAGACUGGAACUUUCUUGGGCAACACCUAGUGAACACGGUAAGCUGCGGUUUUGGCGAGAGACGCAUGGGGGACAGCAGCACUCACAACCUUCUAUUAAGAGAGGAUCCUGCGAUAUUCUCUUAUGUAUUACACUCUUUGGAUUAAAAUGUUGUGUUUGAGAACGAAGAAGAUGACAUGUAUCCAAAGAUCAUGAGGCAGCACGACUAUCUAUUACAGCGCUCCUGUACCUCUAUGUGUGCUCAUCCACUUGAGGCACGACGAUCUAGUACGGCGCUCCUGUACCUCUAUGUGUGCUCAUCCACUUACUCCUCUAAUCCGAUGAAAGUCCGCGUUAACGGGCAGACAUUCAAUAGCAUCGAAGAGGCAGAAAUAUCGAAGCUAGUGAGAAACGAUGAGGGCACGAUGGUUCUGGAUUCGCUGGACGUAGACCUGCUAGAGGAAGCUGCUUCAAGGGAUGUAGUUAUGAAAGAAGUUCGAGUUCGACCGGAAUGAUAGUCGUUUUAAUUUCUAUAUUUGCGUUUUCCUUGUUAUCAUGGUUGUCCACCGGAAGAGAGGAAUUUUUAACUAUGGCCUGCUCAAGAGAGAUUUUACUGUCACUGUUAGCCUCAAAGUGAAAGAGGAUUUAACUGUUUCCUCAAGACAGGAGGAUGUUGUAGCUAGGAUACAAGAUGAUCUAGUUGAGACAAAGAGAGUAAAUGAGAAGAGCAUGAUAGAUAUCCUCCUGCUUCUAAUAAAGGAGUUAGGACUUCUGUCCUCUAGUCGACAGAUGUAUCACAGGUCUUUUUUCGGCGUUCAGUUAUUGUCGUUGCCAUUAGUUGUUUGUGUUCACCAUCGUCCAUGACUUAGGAUUAGAAAGCGUUCUUGCAAAACGAGAUCCCUAAUUCAAAGCCUAAAACCGAAACGGGCAGACGGAGAGCAACUGGAGAAGAUUUGACGACAGAGCAGUCAGUCGAAGUAAUAGGAGAUCUUGCCGCUGUUUGGCGCGUGCGCUGGCCUGGUCUUCUGGGUAGAAGAGACAGCGGCUCCGGCAUCAAUUUAGAGGAUUUGUUCGGGGAGACGCCUUCAGCUAGUUCUUCCAUGUCUGGCUGUGCUGCAGACCAGGGCUCAAAAGUUUAAGAAAACCAAAUAUAUUUUGAUAUGGUGGGAUUCACUCCACCUGCCGCAAAAGCAAAUUGCACGAGAAAAACUUCUACUCGCUUUUUCCUCACAACUACAGCCUCUGCUAGUAUAAGAAUAAGUGGUGUCUCUCUCUCUCUCUGCCUUCACAUCUAACUAAUGCUAAGUGGAGGAGCCAGCACGCCAGCAACCGCUUCAUCUUCUGCGCGUACGUCGUCUUCAUCGAGUAGCUCUUCAAGUUCGUCGGCACAUUCCCCGAGCCCUUCUUCGGUGAAAAUAGCGAGUAAUCAGCAAUAUUGCAAUUAUGGAGAAGAGCCACAAUCUAUCAUCUCAAAAGUGAAUCUACUGUUCUAGCAUGAUCUUCUAACUCUAUUCUCCUACUCAAACCGUUUAAAAUGUACUGAAAACUUGAUAAUUUUCAUUUUUUCAUCAGAGUAGACAAAGAGAGACGUAUCAUUCGUAGGAGGUUCUCUUGUCUCUAAAUACAGCCUGGGCCUGCAUCCGGUAGUCAGGCGUUUCGUUUCAACAUUCCCUUUCUAUCGCAACGUGCCGCUAGCUCACAAGCCGAGGGAGGAACUAGGUAUCAUCUAUGAGUAUAGUAUUCUCCCUUACUUUUUCUUCCUAGUUAGCUUGGCUCCACCCGUAGUAUAGUAUUCUUCUAUUGGCUGGUGCUGCAGCGUGUGUGGAUUAAUAAAAUAGUGAUCUCAAUCCUUACAUCUUUAUUACCACUUACUAUGGCUCUUUUUCUGUCCGUAAGUAUGUAUUCCACACUGACCACUCGUCUUCGUGAUCAACGGCAUGGAUUUCCUCUUCUAGCCUGUUUCUUGAAUCAUCGAACAUGGUUCAUCUUUCACCCUUCAGAUCAUCCUCGACAAGUUUGCGUGAGCCUUUAGUCUCGACGCCAUUUCGACUCUUUCAUGUUGGCCUAGGAGACUUCUGGCUAGAGUUUCUUCCGAUGCACCCACACCGAAACUUCGGAACUUUGUUUUUCUAUGAAUGAUAAAGAUGAGGCUUAGAAGUAGUAAUGUUGUACUUCCCGUAUUCUACUUUAUGAAAUUAGUGAGAACACCAACACUGUUUUUGUAAGUUACUGAGAAUUGAUUCAAGAACCUGAUGGUGUACUCAAUGCAGAAUAUCUUUUCAUGAUUGACUCAAUACAUUUUUUUUGCAGUGAUUCAAGAACUGAUGAAGAUGGUGGAUCACACGUAGUGGAUUCACGAUCCUCGCAACUUGCUUAUACAUACACCACCUCCAGUGGUGUAUGUUCCUCAACACCACCUUGUUCCCCAACACCCCUUCAUGCAUUCCGAUUAGGGUAUCCGGAUUUGGCUGUGCGGGCGACACUUUCUGUCGGGUCGUCAUUUCGGAAGUCAGUGGUGGUCACCGGUCGGUCGGCACUAGAAGAGGAUCUAGAGAAGGACGCGUGUUUGCAGGUGAACUUUGACGUCGCGGACGCUUGGGAUACGGCCAAUAGUGGUUUGUCUUUCAAAGUCGAACUGGAAGAAAUCUUGAACUUGCCACCUAAGCUGAGGGACUUGACGCGGAAUUGAAGCCAUUUGUUCUAGUGCAGAGCUAGUGCUCAAUCUCUGAGUAAUCACCGUCUAGGCAUAUCGCAUUAUUUCCUAAUAUUACAUGAUCGUGAUUCAGGGAAAGACUCGUAGGUCCAAUCCGAGUAGAGAAUUUGGAUUUUUGCGCAUUCCAGAGAUGAGAGAGCUAAGAUAAUGACCUAGCUUUUGUUUCCACCUCUUGAGGAUGUUCUUACGCGCAUUUCCUUGUGGCUCGAAAUUGUCAUUCACGCCUUCAAGCUCUCGGCACUUUUCUCUAUCAACUUACCAGUUAAUAUUCAGGAUGAAAAUUUUUGAUUCUCACUUUUUUUUGUUUUCGACCGACGCAAGAAUGGGGAUCGUGUUUUGCGUGUUGUAAGUGUAGCUGAGCUUCCCGAACAAAAUUCCAUCUCAAUUUACAACAAAGUGCUGAAGCUGAAGAUGAUGACCCUUUCUGUAGAAGACGCAGGUCCAAAUUGUGACCAGAAUCAAAUUGUGACCAGCAUGAGUAGGAUGUAGCCAGAAU